AGAGCGGAAGUGACGUUUUGAAGGAAGAGCCAGUGUAACUCAUUCGUUGUUUAUUUAUGUUGAGGUGGCUAAAAAUGUGAACGUCUAAAUGAAAAAAACAUCGAUUAACAAUCACAAAUUAUUCCACCACAUUACCUGAAAUGAUUUGACGGAAUAAGAGGGCGAUAAAGGAUCUUCCCUGCGGAGGUGGACGUGAGUGUUUGACUUUAUAACGGGUUUGUGUUAGCUGUGCUGAGCUAACUAUGCUAACGUUAGUGACACUACGAUUAGGUAAACAAACUUUAAGAUGUGAGAUUUUUACGUUUUAAAGUGGAUUUAUGUCAAAUAAUAGCCAAUUUAACUACUGGACAUCAAAUAAAUGUAAACGAUAGAAGAAAUGAAUUCAUUCUUGCAGGGAUUAUUUGUGUUUUCCAUGCUCUCUCUUUAAUCAAUAUUGAUAGUUUUACUUGAAUACAUGUGCGCUCUUAUAUUAAAGUUUGACACUUUAUAUUUACUUCAACUUUAUUAUGUCCCAAAAUGGGCAAAUCAGGUUACAGCAGACACAGGCAUUGAAAACAUACAUACAUACAUACUUGUUUUUCCCAUCAUGUGAAUCUUCCAGAGACUGAUCAUUUACAAAGUUCCUCUGGAGUGACUGACCAUGGGUCGGCUGGAUGAAGCUGCUAAACAAAAGGUGGUGGAGCUACGUAAGGCUGGUCUUAGUUUUCGUAAAAUCAAAGCUGUGCUGGAGCUGGAGAACAUCAAGGUGUCAGCCCAGGCCAUCUACCUGUACCUGAGGGAGUUUCACGGAAGGGCACCAGGGAGGGUCAGACCUCUGGAGGCUGGAAGCAGCACAUCACAGGUUCAGGUGCAUCCACGAGUAGGGGCGAUACAAGACAGCUGGAAUAACAUUCAUCUCCACAACCUCCUGCGGGGAGCAGCUCAGCAUGCUGGCUUUUCAGCGGCAGGAAACUUUGCCAAACAGACUCAGACAAAUCAGGACACUGGUGCAAAGCCAUCUGGGUCUGGGGAGAGCAGCCGGUUGGAGCAGCAACAAGAGGGAGAAAAGGAGGAAAAUGACAUCCAGAUUAUUAGUGUCACCUCCCUCGCCCAAAAUAGCCAACAAAGAAGUCCGCAGUCUGCUGCAACAAGGACGAACACAGGCGCUGUGUCUUCCACACCAACAGCUUCUGCAGCAGCCAUGAGGAGGAGAGUCACAGCAUCUCCAGCCACCAAUUCAAUGCUGGCAGCUCGAAAGAGGCUUUUGGAUAAAGCUUUGUCACAAAAGAUGAAGGUAUAUAACUAUGAAUGAGCUCUUUUUAGUCUUCCAGUUAUAAUUGUUAGAUUUGUAAAAUGAACAAUAACAAAAGCUAUGAAAUUGUUUUUAGAAAUCACAAGAAUGAUUCUACAACGGAGUAUUAAGACUUUGAGAUUAAUUUACAAGAAUAAAGUCAUUACUAAUCAGAAUAAAGUCGUAGUAAAGUAAUCACUUACAAGAGUAAAGUCAGUAUAAAGUCCUUGUAUUCUAACCUGUUGUUUAAGAUGACAGUUGUUGAAAUGAGAGCCAUGGAGUAUUUUGUGAAAAUGAAUUUCAAUAUAGGUUUGUCAUACAAGGAUCUUUUGGCACAUCAGCACCACAUUAUCAUCAGUAUCAUAAUGAUUUUAUUACGACUUAAUUCUCAUAAAUUAAUGACUUUAAUCUCGAAAUCUAAUUUUUGUUUCUUAAUGUGGCCCUAAUACGCCGUCGUAUGAUUCAGCUUUGACCUGCAUACAUUGCUUUUCUACAGUCAUUCCACCAGGUGGCAUCGUUGCUAAGGAGAGAACACUUGAGUGUCCAAGGUCCAAGUGCAGUUACACAAACAACUGAAACAUACGAUUUAACCAACGAAAAGGUGAGAGACCUUAAUAUAUCAUCUCAGCUCUUUAUACAAAUACACAUAUAUCUAUUCUUUUUCUUGUCACCUGACCUCUUUAUUUUUCAUUUUUAAUUGGUUCUGUGGUUUUUAUGCUUCACAGACUGUUAUUGAUGGCCAGUCUGGAGGAGGUAAUGCCGCCAGGCGCUUCCCCACACAAAGACCGGGUCCCUCUGUCCGUCCCCAUCACCCUCUCCCUCGAGUUGGCAUUCGUCUUCCGAACGGCUCACCGUCACCUUUAGCGUCUUCUGCUCCUGGGGUUGCCGCCAUUCUUCUGCAGACCCCUGGAGGUCAGGGCGCCACUAGAAGCGACAGAAACCAAAGCCCCCAGCAGACAGUCCAAGACGCAGGAGCGAGAGGAUGUCUGCAGGAUCAGAUCAAGACUCUGAGUACUGAGGUGCACAGUUUGGGCCUCGCAGUGAAGAUGCUAGUGGAGCAGCAGUGCCGUCUGGAGAGGGAGCAGGCGCAGCAGACGCACAUUCAGAAGCAGAUUCUCAGCACUCUGCAGAGCUUCCCCUCCAAACUCGGACGUUGUAGCAGUUAUCAAAAACAAAAUAAAACUCCGUCACCCUCCGAUUUGCCAGCUGCUGCCUCCUCCUCCUUCGGCGAAGACGUCUUCAGCUUCAGUCAAGGCUCCUACAGCCAGUGCAGUCAAACUCAACCAAGCUACAACUCUUUAGACAGUUUAGACAACGCAGAGGCCUUUAAACUGCCAGUUCUGAGCCCUUCCAGUAUGAAUGGGUUUCCACCAUGUAGCAACGCGGAGAACCUCCCACUCACGCACACGCCCACUCAGACACAAACAUAUGCAGCUGCUUUCCCACAGCAGUCAAACAGCCAAGCGCUCAUGCCGACAUACACAGAGUCGUACGUCUCCUCAUACAGCCAGUCACAUUCUCAACCUUUCAGAGGAUCAGAGAGUAAAACCUCUGAUUUCCCAAGCAGCUGCUCAGCCAGGGCUCUCCAGGACUGCAGUGUGUCCGCUCCACCGGGGAUAAACUCUGACCAGUCUUCAGGGGAUCAGGAUAUAAAUAUAAUCAAAGUGGAAGGACCGUAGUCGGCUUAUAGGGGUGUAACGGUACAAAAAAACAAUGUUUGGUAUACUUCAUGGUACAUUUUUGGUACACUAAGAGGAAUAGUAAGUGAAACAGUAAAAAGAGAAAAACACACACAACUCAAAAAGUUUCCAAAGUCAUUCGGUGCUAAACAAAACCAGGGAGUAAUUUUCAGAUAAUUUCACACAUGUGCAGAUCAUAGACUGUAUAUAGAAUGGACGCCGUCCGCCUCCUCGCUGGGAGAACAGCGCCCUCUGUUGACGGGCUGCAGUAUAGGUCAUAAAUCCCACACAAACUAGAAAUUUAUUACACAGAGCAUGUUUUUUUUCCCCCUGCUUGUGAUGUUGACAUGUAGUUACAGUAAGACUGAUUUGUUCUCAAUUCCUCUGCUUUAAGUCUUUCUAUGAUUGACACUUGAUACAGCCUAUGGCCGUACAAGGAUUGCGUAGCUCACCCGGGGGAUACGCUGUUUGAGCCAAGCGUCAUCACAGCGACUCUCCCGCCGAAUGCGUGCAACACUACUGCACAAUGUUGGUUUCAGGAAGAAAAAACGCAGCAUUACCGAGCGCUUUGUGGCUUCAGAUCCGUGUACUGGCGGAAGGCGGAACCAAGUUGUCCAUAGUAUAUACAGUCUAUGGUGCAGAUCUCCUCUCCUGCUCCUCUGCUGUCUUAACGUCAGAGGAGUUCAGACUGACACGCACAAACCCAUGCACACAAAAGCACACACAGGGACGCCGCUGAAUCCUACACUGGACAGAAGAUAACCUUUUUCUUUUUAGGUGAUUUGUUGAGAGAGUCACCGCAUUGAAACACUAACUUGUGUGUGGCGCACCUCUGUUUCUGGUCAUAAAAUCUGAAUUUCCUUUAACUGUGCACUGAAGUGUUUUAAUACACUUUAGACUGAACCAGAGGAGUCAGAUACAGGUACCUUUACACCCCUAACAGCUUCAGAUGCUGCAGACAGUGUUUGGACCAUAAGGGCUUGGAGAUGCUUUUUUUUUAGAGUCACUUUAGAAAACGUAUUUAAAUAACCGUGUUUUUAUAGUGAUGUACACUGUAGCAUUUCUUAAAGUAACUUAUUUAAAACUCUUCAAUACAUUUCAAGACUAAACAGAGAGCAAUAAAGUCGACGGUUUGAUGUGAUUAAAAUCUUCAUUUAUUCGAUGAUUUGAAAAAUACAAGUACAGUAUUGUGCAGGCAGUUUGUCGUUAUUUUUAACAGUUGUUGUACAUUUUGUACUUCUUAUUUUUGUACCAUUAGGACUAGGACUGUUUCUUUUCAUACCCUGUGCUAACUGAAUAAAAAAUAUGAUCCAGUGUGUACUUGACAGUGUGUAACUAACUAGGUCAAGGUAAAGGAAAACACACAGUGUGUUGCUGGGCUUCAUCUCGUGACUUGAACCUGAGUAUAUACCUACAAGAGCUUUAUGUUAACUUAGUUAACCUGUUUACACAUGUCUAGGCAGCUAUUGUUCAGCGUUAAUGUUUGUCAGACCCUGCUGAUAGCGCAGAGUUCAUGAGGUUUCGGUGUGAGGGUGAAGCCCCCAUUUUGAGACAGAUCCAGGUCAUCCUCUUUAAGCCCGGGUGGAGGAGUAAAAUGGAAGUGUUGGAGGAGGGAGGUGAGGAAUAGAAACAGCUCCAUUCGAGCCAAACUCUCUCCCGUACAAACUCUUGACCCUGAAACAACAAAAAUAAAAGAAAACUUGGUUUUUGUCCUCUGAAAUGUUCUUCCACUGAUUAAAAGAAAAUACAAAUACCUGCUGAAAACGGCAAAAAA